UUAAUGAAGUAGUAAAAGGGGGGAACAACUGUGGCACAAAAGAAAGAAAAGGUUAUUAAAAAGAAUUUGGUAGAGUAUUUGCUUUGGACAGGUUCCCUUCUUUUACUUACUUAAUUCCAGAGGUGACCAACAGACAAAAGAAGUGGAAAUGAAGAUUAUCAUAGGCAUUGGAGGAGUGACCAACGGUGGGAAGACAACUUUGACAAAUAGACUACUAAAAACAUUGCCCAACUGUUGUGUUGUGCACCAGGAUGACUUUUUCAAGAAACCCAAUCAAAUAGAAGUCGGGGAGGACGGCUUUAGACAAUGGGAUGUGAUAACAGCUUUGGACAUGGAGGCAAUGGUGAACACAGUGAAGGGCUGGCAGGAGAACCCAGUCAAGUUUGCCCGCUCCCACGGUGUGAGCCUGAGCACUGAAGCGCAGAAGCCUGGCUCGAAGGACCAGGAGGUCCAUGUUCUCAUUGUGGAGGGGUUCCUCAUCUACAACUACAAGCCACUUCUGGACAUCUAUGACAAAUGUUUCUACAUUUCCAUUCCGUAUGAGGAGUGCAAAAGGAGGAGAAGUACAAGGACAUAUACAGUCCCCGACCCCCCCGGUCUGUUCGAUGGCCACGUCUGGCCCAUGUACUUGAAACACAGGAAAGAGAUGGAGAACAACUGCAGUAAUAUCGAGUACCUCGACGGCUUGAAAUCAAAGGAAGACAUCUUCAGCAGCGUGUAUGAGUGUAUUCAGAACUCUCUGCUGAACAGCUUAUAGCAGGGGGCCAGCGGCCGGUCUGUGUAUAGAUAUGUAAAUAUAAUGUUGAGUCAAUGUGUAACACCUGGUUCUGUACUUCAAGCAUGUUUUGUACAUAGUUAAUCAUGCCGUGUAUCAAGAACUAAUGGCAAGACAGUGUUUUGCAUAAUGCUGUGUAACUUUUUCUAAAUGAUAAAAGAUGAGCCAUGUCUAGACCGACCAGUGUUUGACAUCAGGAUCUAAACUCUGGGAGGAAGGAUUUGUGUUUGCAACUUAAAGAAACAACUGAAUUCA